AUGAACACGGAUUACUUCGACUUGCACGAAGGCCUAGCAACCACUCAGCGAGCCCAGGCCAAGUCCGCUGCCCUGGUGCAGCCGCUCGGCGACGCCCUAGCCUGCCCCUACUGCGAGUGCGAGCUCUUCGACCGCGAUGACGCCCUUUUGCACCAUGUCCGCACGAGCCACGCCGCCCAAAUCCAGGGCUCCGGUGUGAAGGAAGGCACCCCCCUAUUUAGGAAGCUACUACGCGACGAGGCUCUUCACAAAGCGAAGCAGAUAGCCACCGCUCAGCACCAGCGCCGCCUCGAGGAGCAGCGCCGCCAAAAGCAUUCCCGCCGCCACGAUGCCGGCAAGACGCCGGAUCUGAACCGGCUUACCCUGCAGAGUAAGACCCCAUGGGCCGAGGGCGACCUUCUCCGCCCCACGCGUAAGCGUGCUGGAUCUGACAUUCCUGCGUCAGAGUCGCCUAACCGCUCCCCCGUCCGCCAGGAUGCAAAGUCCCGGAAGGCUCGCGGCAUGGACCCCGCAGUGGAGCCCCAGAUUGCCGACGUGGAGAUGGCCGAGGAAUAUGCAAGACUGCAUCGGCCAGAGCCACGUGCCCAGUCUUACUCCACCCUGCCCUUCCACCCCCAGGCAGGUGUAACCCACCGCGAUCACGGGUCCGCCUCGCCCUCAUCGGUGUCCCACCAUGGCACCCCAGUACCUCCCUCGGUGCCAAGUCCGUCGGCGGCCGUCUUGCCUAUGCCGACGAACGAACAGUGGCCUGACCUAGUGCUGCAACCAGACUCACGCCCAAUCUCUCAGGAGCAGCUCGCCGCUGAAGUAAAAUCAAUCUAUGCCGGCCUCACCAUGGUCGAGUCCAAGUGCAUUCAUGUCGAUAAGGCUCAGGCCACCGCCGAGAGAGACCCCGUCUCCGGUCAACACCCAAGGCUGGCCCCAGAUCACUGGCAAGCCCUCAUCGCAUUACAUAGGACUUUACUUCACGAACAUCACGAUUUCUUUUUGGCGUCACAGCAUCCCUCGGCGAGCCCGGCCCUGCGCCGUCUUGCCGCUAAGUAUUCCAUGCCGGCCCGAAUGUGGAAGCAUGGCAUUCAUUCCUUUCUGGAGCUUCUUCGUCAUCGUCUGCCGGAAUCCUUGGAGUACAUGCUUACAUUCAUAUAUCUGGCGUACCAAAUGAUGGCGCUUCUUUAUGAAACAGUACCUGCUUUCGAAGAUACUUGGAUCGAAUGUCUCGGAGAUCUUGGACGGUACCGGAUGGCAAUUGAAGACGAGGACCUCCGGGACCGCGAAACGUGGGCAGGUGUUGCCCGUUUUUGGUACAGCAAAGCCGCCGAUAAGAGCCCCGCCGUGGGCCGGCUCUACCACCACCUGGCCAUCCUGGCCAGGCCUAAUGCUCUGCAGCAGCUCUACUUUUACAGUCGUUCUCUCACCUGCGUUCAGCCAUUCAUGAGCGCACGCGAGUCCAUUCUUACCCUUUUCGACCCCAUUCUCGGCCGCUCAUCUACGUCUUAUUCUCAUUCACUUCCCGUCGAAACCAGCUUUAUACGUGCCCAUGGAUUACUUUUCGAAAAAGAUCAAGCAUUUCAGCAACAUACGUUUGACCACAACCUCAGCGACUUUAUCCGACAGUUGGACACCAGCAUUGGACGUGUCACUUCGAAAUGGAAGGAACAGGGAGCGUACAUGGCUAUUGCGAACAUUGCCAGCCUGUUUGAUUACGGAAGCGAGGACAACUUCCUGCGUCUCGCUUUUGCGGCGCAGCUGCAACAAAUUAUAUUUGAGAGGAAUGACGAUCCGGAUCGGCAGCCUCCCCCCGUCCUGCCUCCCACACAUCCCGCGCCUGACGACAUGAAAAUUGACCACCAGACUGCCAACACUUUUCCUAGCGCUUGCCGUCUUACCUUCGAUACAUUACACGUCGUCCUUCGGCGCUUCGGGGACAAGAAUGUCCUGACUCAUUUUCACAUUCUACUCGCUUUCCUGAAUCAACUUGCAACGCUUCCUUACGAUACCACCUACAUUUUCGAAUACGUUCAAUGGGAGGAUCUCGCCUUCUUCCUCAAUACCCUGGCCAAGUCUGAGACUGUCACGCCGGCAAUUGAAUCCCCCGCUUUCCUUCAUGAAGGGGAAGAAGACUUCCGACCGUUGCCUGAGGACUACCUCAUCCGGGGUCAGCUGUGGGCUCACUCGUAUUAUCCGGCAACAUGGUUUAGCGGUGUUGUGGAUGAGGAGGAGCGGAUGCUGGAGCUGGCAUCGACAAUUAGAUCUCGGACCGAGAGGAUCCUGUGGCUUGGGAUCCGCCUCGCGUCGAAAAACAUUGGUCUGAUCUACGACAGCGCUAGUCACAGCUGGAGUACCCAUCGCUCAGGUAACGCGAUGGAUGUGGAUGAAUGA